AUGGUGCUAGGAGCAGUGCCGAAGCGUGUGCGGCGAGCACGCGGGAGGCAAACACUGCAGGCAGACGCCAGCACCUCUUCUCUUUGUCAGGUGGCCCGGGGAUUGGAACCUGUCAGGGAGCCUCAGGUGCCCGUUUGGCUGUUUCGCCAAGCGGGGCGACACCUCCCGGAGUACAAUGAGUACAAGACCAAACGCAACAAGAACUUUUUAGAACUUCUGCAAGAUCCGAAGGAUGUUGCUGAAGUCACCAUGCAGCCGCUGCGGCGCUACGGGGUGGAUGCGGCGAUUCUGUUCUCGGAUAUCCUGGUGGUGGCGGAAGCUUUGGGCAUUGAUGUGGAAAUGCCUGGAGGAAAAGGCAUUCUGGUGCCGCGGCCCUUGGAGUCACCCGAAGACAUGGCUCGGUUGCGAGUCUCCAGCGCCAGCGCAGACUUUGUGGAGCAACGCUUGGCACAUGUGCUAGAAGCUGUACGGCUCAUCCUGCAGACCAUGUCUCAGGAAGGGAUGGGAGAUGUGCCUUUGAUCGGCUUCAGUGCUGCUCCUUGGACCCUUUUCUUCUAUAUGGUCGGAGGCUCGUCUAAGAAGAGGACAGAUGCUGGGGAACGCUGGCUGAAAGAGCACCCGGAAGCAUCAAAAGAGCUGAUGUCGCUUCUCAGUGAGGUCAUCAUCGAGUAUUUGUCCGCGCAGGUGCGGAGCGGCUGCCACGUCCUUCAAGUCUUCGAAGCUAUGGGAGAACACAUCAGCCCCGCGAACUUGGAGUCCUUUGCAGUGCCAGCCAUGACUCGCAUUGCAACAGCUCUCAAGGAACGGCAUCCCGAGGUGCCAUUGAUGGUCUUCCCGCGAGGAGCCUGCUAUGCGCUGCCAGCACUUCAGAACGCGGGCUUCGACGUGGUGACGGCUGAUUGUGCCACCGACCUGGCCGAGGCGGAGUUGUCCCUGAAGGCUGCUUCACAAGGCCGCGUGGCCAACUUGCAGGGGAACUUUGAUCCAAAGUGGCUCCGGCCAGGGAGCAGUGUUGAGGAUGUGAAGCCCAAGAAGGCUAAGGCCCUGGAGCCACUGGAGCUUGUGGCUGCGUGCCAAAGCUGGCUAGAUGCGCAGCGAGCGGGAGAGCCUGUGGCCCCGGCGGCUGAGCCUGUGGCUGAAGAGCCUCUGACGCCCCGACCCAACAAGAAGAGGAAAAGAGAGGAAGAAGCAGCUAAGGCUGCUGAGGUCGAAGCUGAGCCAGAGGCCGCGGCAGUGGAGCAAGCAGAGCAAGCGGAGAUGGAGGUCAGUGUGAACAAGAAGUCCAAGAAGCAAAAGAAGGAAGUGAAAGAAGACAAAUCAACUCCCUUCAAGCGGAUUGAUGACGACAAGUGGAGGUCAACGAUCAAGGACCCCAGGCUCCUGGACAACACGCACCUUGCAAAGCAGAAGUUUGGAGGCUCUAAAGGCGACAGCUGGGCAGACAAAGCCUCCGAGGACUUGCUCAAGACCAAGGGGAAAGGCUUUCGGAAGGAGAUGGCCAAGAAAAAAAGAUCUUCAUGGAGAGGUGGUGGUGAGAUUGAUCAGGGCGUAAACUCCAUCAAGUUCGAUGAUAGCGACGAUGAGUGA